GAAGUGGUGCGCGGCCUCGCUUCCGGUGAGCUAUCGAACGGCCGGGGGCGGCGAUCGGCGGUUCCCGCAGCCAGGAUGGCGCUGUGGCUCCCGCGGUACCGGGACGGCAGCGCCGCGGUGGAAGAGGACGAGCAGCGGGAGCUGUCUCCGGGCUCCCGACAGCGCCUGCAGACCUAUAGCCAAGAGAUCGAAUUAGCCUGCCAAAAAGAGAAAGAGUUUGUGAAGCACUCUGUAGAAUGCACAUGGAAUCUUGCAGAAGCCCAGCAAAAACUUGGUAGCUUAGCACUGCAUAAUGCAGAAUCCUACGAUCAAGAACAUGCUCAAUCAAAGACUGAAGUUGCAGAGCUGAGAUGGAGAGAGGAGGAGUGGCGAAGAAAAGAAGAAGCACUAAACCAAGGGGAAAGACAGGACCUAUGGAACACAGAUCUUGUUAGUAAGGAGGUAUUUAAUAAGAGUUUUAUUAAUCAGAAAAGAAAAGAAACAGAAGAUGAAGAUGCAGCUGAGUCAUUUAUGAAAAAACAUGAACAAAAGAUUAGACACUUUGGUAUGAUGAGAAGAUGGGAUGAUAGUCAAAGGUUUCUGUCUGACCACCCAUAUCUUGUAAGUGAAGAAACAUCUAAAUAUCUCAUGUUAUGGUGCUUUCAUCUAGAAGCUGAACAGAAAAGAGCUCUGAUGGAACAAGUAGCACACCAAGCAGUAGUAAUGCAGUUUAUUAUUGAAAUUGCCAAAAACUGCAAUGUGGAUCCAAGAGGUUGUUUUCGUCUAUUUUUCCAAAAAGCCAAAACAGGAGAAGGCUAUUUUGAGGCAUUUAAAAGUGAACUUGAGGCAUUCAAGACAAGAGUAAGAAUCUGGUCGCAAUCAGAUAGCUUUCAGGCUAUCUUACUAUAUAAUCCCACUAUCAAUCCUAGUCUUGUAGAACAGCUGACAUCUUUGUCACAGAACACAGGUGAUCUACAAGGUUCCAUAAAUACAAAUGUCUGCAGUUUAAACUCUGUGAUACAAAGAGAUGAAGAAGAAUCCAAAAUGAUGGACACAGUAUAGCAUUGUUAAGACUGAGGCCAAGUACCUUUUUUUUUCUUAACAAAGGAAAGAACAUGGCUAUUUUCUUGACACUUAUUUUUCUGGGUACUGCACUUUAUUUUUGGUGUCAGAUUUGUUGUUGUUUUUUGUUGGGGGGUGGGUUGAGUGGGGGGGGGGGCGGGAAAUUCAGAAAAACUUGUAAUAUUGUUUGAAAAAUGUGCUGCUAGGUUUUUGGUUGUCCUUGAAGAGCAGGGUUCUCAUAUUGCUGAAUGUGAAACUGGAUGUGUUUUCUGCUACUAACCUUGCCUUUCAUAACGUUAGAAAUCAAAGUAUGAUAAAAGAAUCUGCACAAAUACAAUGUUUACAAGAAGCAGUAGAUUCUUGUUAGAAUCUGCUAUUGUCUUAUUACAGAUGUGGAUGUCUUACUCUGAAUUGGAGAUCACAACUGUAUUUACGCUACCUUGUUCACAUUAUAAGCUCUCAAAUUCGGUUAUCACUAAUAGCAAUAAAUCAAUAUCUGGUAUCAGUAUUUCAUAUCUGGAUGGAUUAGGUUAAAACACUGGGUUUCUACCUCUACAAAGGGGAUUUAAAUGUCACAUUGUGCUUCAUUAAAACUUGGUUUUGUCCUAAAACAUAA